AUGUUUCCCAGUUCUAGUCCAAGUAUUGCCAUUGACAACAAUGCUGAGCUGCAGACAGAAAUCGAUACUUGGAUCAACACUGGAACUUCUCAGUAUGGGCACAUUUCCACUUGGGAUGUUUCCAGGGUGGAAAACUUCUCCAAUUUGUUUUCGGGUAAAUCCUCCUUCAAUGAGGAUAUCUCAGGAUGGAGCACUGGUCAGGUUACGAGAAUGAGAUACAUGUUUAACAAUGCUGGCCAGUUUAACCGGAACAUCGGUGGUUGGGAUACCUCCAAUGUGGAAUCUUUUGAGGGCAUGUUCUAUGGUGCAGCUCAAUUUGACCAAAAUAUUGGGGGUUGGAACACUGCAAGGGCAUCAAAUCUUGCAAGCAUGUUCCAAGGAGCAUCAGGGUUCAAUCAAGCAUUGACAAAUUGGGAUAUUGGCCAAGUAUCUACACUUGGAAGUACUUUCUAUGAAGCGACUUCCUUCAAUGGAGACAUUAGUCUGUGGGAUACUAGAAAAGUCUCAACCUUGCAAAAUACCUUCUUUGGUGCUCAGGCCUUCAACUCAAACAUUGGUUCCUGGGACACAGGGCUUGUUACAAGUUUGGACAGUACUUUCCACGGCGCCAGUAUCUUCAAUAUUGACAUUAAUGGCUGGAAUACUGGUGAAGUGCUUAGUAUGAGUCAAACUUUUAUGUCUGCCACUGCCUUUAACCGAGGGCUCAAUGGAUGGAACACAGCGAAAGUAACUGCCAUAAAUGGCAUGUUCCAACAGGCCACUGCCUUCAAUCAAGACCUGAACAACUGGGACACAGGAAAUGUUGUUCUGAUGUGGAACACAUUUCAUGCAUCCUCGUCUUUUAACGGAGAUAUUUCUAGCUGGGAAGUCUCAAAGGUCACCACAUUCUGGAAUAUGUUCAACUGGGCCACAGCCUUCAAUUCUGACAUCUCUGGUUGGGAUACUUCCAGUGUUGAACACAUUGGUUCAAUGUUUGAGGUCGCAUCAAGUUUCAACAUCAACAUUGGUAACUGGACCGUGUCGGGCGUUGGAUCACUUGCUAACACCUUUGCAAAGGCAUAUGCCUUCAACCAGCCGCUGGGAGGCUGGGAUGUCAGUGGAGUGACAACAUUCCACAGAGCGUUCUUUCAAGCCAGCGUCUUCAACCAGGAUCUUUCUCUAUGGAUCCUAUUGGGGUCCAUUGUGUUCGAUGAGUUGUGUGCCCAGUAA